UUUCACUGCACAGAAACGUUAAGAAAAUAUCCACCUGGAAGUAUUGUGCAAAGAAGAUCAAAUGCAUCGUAUACUUUUACUGGAACGGAGGUGACUACAACGGCAGAUACAACUCUCAUUAUACCUGUUUGGGCUAUUCAUCAUGAUCCUGAUCUUUACCCGAAUCCCGAGAUAUUUGAACCUGAAAGGUUUAACGAAGAUAAUGAAGGCUCUAGGCAUCCAAUGAACUGUUUACCAUUCGGCAAUGGCCCUCAUAACUGCAUUGGUAAAUGUCAUGUAUUUAUCACAUUUAUAAUUGUAUUUAGAAUUAAUGCGGGUAUUAUUGCUUUUCAGCGGCGCGAUAUUCAAACUACCAGACGAAAGUGGGGAUCAUUGCCUUGAUUAAUAAAUUUAAAGUCAAUGUCUGCGAUAAAACAUGCGCAUGGAGUAUCGCGUUGAAGCCCCAAUAGGAGGAAUUUAUUUAAAAAUAUAAAAAGCCUUGUCAUUAUGGUUACUUGUAACAAUAUAAUGAUAAAUUGUCGGAUAAUCGCAGACAGAGGAGGUGAAUUUGAAACUGGUAUCAUUGAAAGGGUCACAAAAUGUACGAAUAGGCGGGCUGGAAGUGUCACGGAAGUAGGCAUGUGCAAUUAAUUCUUGGUUGGAUGACCGCCCAGGUGAUCUUGAUAAUAAGAAAGACGUGGAAUUUCGCAUGGGAGUAUAAUAAAUGCCUAAGUAUGACUCGCCUAUAUUAACUGAAUCUUGGCGUGGGUUUUCUUGAUCAGUAGCAAGUUUUCCCCACGUCACAGGGUGAGGUCGGCCUGGGCGAAUGCAGGAACAGUGGGUUUGAUUACUGUAGAAACGAAUUUGACUAACUCAAACAGUCCAAUAAUUUUUGAAAAAGGUGGGAUGAAGAUCAAUUUUUACACGAAGAUGGUAGGGAUGUCCGUGCAAAAACCCGACAGAGCUAGGAUAUACGAGUGGGAAAAAAAUCGGUUAAAAUAAUUCUCGUGGAUUGAUGGGUUUUUAAUUAAUUUUAUAAAUUAAUUUCUUAUUGUUUGUUAUAAAUUGGAUUGUUUCAUGUA